AUGGCGACCGAGGAGUACAGGCUGGAGCCGAUGGGCGACGACAUACAGAGACCUCUCCUGGCCACAACUUGCAAGCGAAUUCACUUUGGAAAGCAGAUGAGGCAACUCCUCCUGGCCGGAGCGAGGAGAUGGCUCGUGACGGCGGCCUGCAUCGGCGCCAUCUAUGUGACACUCGCCCACUACUCUGACAAGGUCGUCAUGAGCACAGUCAAGAAGCGUAUGUUCAACGGCGCCAUCACGGGCUUAUCGAUCGCGCUCGGUCUCAGCAUCGCCAGCAGUCUGAAAUGGAUGGCCUCUGAGCUCAAGUGGUGGGUGCUGAGCUGCAAAGGGUGGACGCUGCAAGAGGUCGAUCUCAUCCUCCACGGAGAGAGCAUAUCUCAUCUCAUCAAGCUCUCUCACGUAUCGCGCGCCUGGUCAACCCAUGUCUACGUCAGUCUUUGGAUUCUCUUGAAUAUUGCGUCGCAAGUGGCUGUGGCCAUGCUCGGCCUGACCUACUCGGUAGGACAGAAUGACGAGACGGCUCUGACGAAGCCGGGCGACGUUCGCAUCCCCGACAUGACCACCAUUAAGGGCGAGCGUCUCAUCACUUCAACGCAGGUUGGCACACCUUCUGAGCUGCAGUACACCGCAAACAGCUAUGGAUUCAUCGCCGUCGCGUAUGGCGUUGGAACUCUGGAUGACGUGCCCCCGCCGCGGACCUUGACGGAUGCAAUAAGCUAUUUAUACUAUUGCGGCACUGACCGAUGCGAGUACUACUUCUCCGAAAUGUCCCCGCGCGAAGACUCGCGCAGCCACAUCUCGGUCACGACAUCCCGCAGCGUCGCAUCCAGUGGCUCCUGCAUGAGUUGGCCAGUGAUCGAGGGCGGCGGCGGCAAUUCAACCUCGAUCACCGUAUCGGGCGGCCCAAAUGGUAGCACUUUGAAGAAGGAUAUUCCAAUUGCGGGCGGAGUGGAUCAGACAACCUUCAUGGUCAACACAUCGCAGGCCUGUGGCCCGGCCUGUAGCCAGAUAUCGGCCUUUGAGGCAUCUGCGACGGCGCCCUGGUAUUAUGAGUGCAGUGUCACCAUCGCCAAGGUCGCCAACGCUACCCUUCCUGAGCACCAACUUGGCCAGAACCUGACAACUCUCGCGUCGGCGGCAAUCGCGCUGCAGGGAGUUGGGACGUCAUCUCUGUCGCGCGACCAGACUGCGCAGUUUCAGAGCUAUCCUGCCGAGGCCAUCUUCGGUGCCCCUCAGAACGGCUCCACGGGCGGCAUGGGCCGGCUGAUGGCACAGUUUGCAAUGGGUGUCGUUGCUGUCACAGCACAGUACAAUCCCAAGAUCACCACGCGGGGGGGACAGCCUAUCGUGGGCACGAAGCUGGAUGUCAAUUGGAACAAUGUCCAUCUCGUCCUUCUGAUCACUGGCUGCGUACAGCUGUGCCUCACACUGGCUGCCGUCAUGAUAGCUAAUCGCGUGGUCGCGAGGGACGACGGUCCGCUGGCGACUGCUCGGUUGCUCAAAUCAGCGAUCACGUAUCCCGAUGACAGAGCAUCCACUGCUAGUGGGAAGGAGAUUGCAAAGGCCUGCGGCGGUAAGACGCGCUUUGUCUACGGAGUACAGACACAGAGAACAAAAGCCGGAGAUGUGUAUCACGUCCAGAUCCGCGAAGGAGCUCCUACACCGAAGCCUUUCCCGCCCGGGUUGUAUGAUUAA